CUGUGUUUUUUUUUUUUUUUUGUGUGUGUGUGUGUGUGUAACCACGCCUACACAGUGGCUGCCAAGGCUUACCCAUGAGUUAAACCUUCUUUAGUUGGUAAUGAGAAAGGCGUGGGUUCUAGCAGUGGACACCCGAAGGCAGCAGUGGGUGAAAACAAGCAAAAUAAAGAAAAGUUUGGCUGUGAGAAGGUGCUAGACAGCCAGCCAUAGUGACGAGGAGGCAGGAAGGUGGAUCACCACCACAGGGAAGCCAUGAAGUCCAAGACGAGGAUAGUGCAGAUAUCCAACAUAGCCCCUCAAGCCACCAAGGACCAGAUGUCGACGCUGUUUGGCUUCAUCGGCAAGAUUGAGGACAUUCGCCUGUACCCAACCAUUCGCGAUGUUGCCAUACCAGUCCAGUCUCGUAUUUGUUUUCUCAAGUUCCAUGACCGGGACUCGGUGUCUGUGGCGCAGCACCUCACCAACACUGUCUUCAUUGACCGAGCCCUCAUCAUCAUCCCCUUCACCCUGGGAGACAUGCCUGACGAGCAGCGCGCCAUGGAGAUCCUGGGCACCGGGGGAACCAUUCCAGGCAUUGGGCCGGAGACCAAGUGGCCGCCGCACCUCACUAACCAGAUUGAGGGCAUUGUUUUGAGGACAAUUGACCCACACCUGGCAGAGAAUGACCUGCCAGAUUACCCUCCACUGCCGGCCACCACUGAGUCCCACAAGAUCAAUGACAUCCGGCGCACCAUUGUCUUCGAUAACCUGGAUCCAAGUAUCACCACAGACCAGCUUCUGGAGUUGGCAUCAAAGGCUGGGGAAGUGCGAUAUGCACGUCUUGGGGUGGAGAACAAUGGAUCAAGAAAUGCCUUGGUGGAAUACUCAGAGCAGCCCUCCAUCAUCCCUGCCCUCAAGCUGCACCACCUGGAGCAUAUGGGGAAGCAGAUCAAGGUAAAUCACUCUUCAGUGGCUAUUGUGAAGCCACAGACCAAGAGCAAUGAGGCAGCCCAGCGGGAGAUUGAGGAAGCCAUGAGGAGGGUGAAGGAGGCACAGAACUUCAUUGCCUCUGCCAUAGAUCCCGUUAUGUCAUUCCUUGAUUCGUCAUCCAAAGAGAAGAGGUCCCGCUCUAGAUCAAGGUCACGCUCCAGGUCUCGCCGCCGCACCAGAUCACGUUCACGUCGCUCUAAGUCUCACCGACGGACACGCUCCCGCUCGCCACGCCACCGGUCACGCUCCAGGUCCAGGUCAAGGGAGCGGCGGCGUUCUCGCAGCCGCUCACGCAGGAAGAGGUCAUCCUCCAGGUCACACAGGAGAUCCAGGUCCAGGUCUCGAUCAAGAAGAAAGUCACGCUCCAAGUCCCGGUCAAAGCGUUCCCGUUCCAAGUCCAAGAGCAAAUCCACUUCUUCCCGUAAGGACAAGAGUAGCAGUAGCAGUAAAAGCAAGGACAAGGACAGAGAUAAAGACCGAGACAGAGACAAGACUAAGGAUAAGGACAAAGAAAAGGAUAAAGACAGGGAUAAGGAUAAAGAGAAGGACAAGGAGAAGAAGGAAGAUAAGAAGUCAGAUGUAGUAAAGAUGGAAGUUAUAGAAGAGCUGGAUGAAAAUAAAGAAAUUAAAGAGGAAAUAAUGAAGGUUGAGGACAUCAAAGAAGAAAAGGAAGACAAAGAUUCUGAGCAGGAUAAAGAAGCAGAAAAUAUCAAAGAAGAGGAGAAGGACAAGGAAGUGGAAAAAGAAAAGGAAAAAUUAAAAGACAAAGAUAAGGAAAAGAGUAGAGAAAAGGAGAAAGACAAGGAUAGAAAAGAAAAGGAUAAAGACAGAGACAGAGAUAAGGAUAAGGAUCGGGAGAAGGACAGAGAUCGGAAGAAGGAAUCAAGUAGCAAGUCCCGCCGCUCCAAGUCUCACAGUCGCUCUAGGGAACGCAAGAGUCGCCGUAGCAGGUCAAGGUCGCGCUCCAAGAGGUCCAGGUCACGGUCACGUUCCAAGAGUCGCACCCGCUCCAAGAGGUCUCACAAGUCAAGAUCCAGGUCCCGGUCACGGCGCAGGUCACGCAGCAGGUCACCACGCUCUCGCCGUGACAGAUCCAGGGAGCGCCGUGGCCGCUCUCAUGAACGCUCCAAAAGGAGAUCAAGGUCAUCGUCCAGGUCCAAGUCAGGGAAGACCAAAGAUAAGGAUUCCAGCAAAAAGAAAGACUCUCACCGGGACCGCAGCCGAAGCCGGGAUGGCAAGGACCGGGACAAGGACAAGCAGAGGGACAAGGAGCGUGACAGAGAAAAAGACAAGAAAGAUAAGAAGAAGGACAAGAAGGAGAAAGAAGAAAAGAAAAAAGAAUCAAAGGUACAGAAAAUUGUGUCCCGGGACUAUGAUGAAGAGGAGCAGCUGGGAUACGAUGGAGAGGAGGAAAAGGGGAAAAAGAAGAAGGAGGAGGAGGACAGCAAGGACAAGGGAGAAACAGUUGACAUGGACAUCUCUGACUCUCCAUAGCUACCUCCGAGGCUGCUAACCAUUUUGAAGAAAUAUGUUUUCACUCCCAAGAACUCAACAUAAUCCUUGUUCAGUCUGUGCAUUUCUUGAUUUCAGCUCAACCUAUUGUGACUAUGAGUGAUGCAUUUCCCUGAAGGGGUGUAUGUGGUGGUGUGAGGCAUUUGUCACUGGUGGGUAUUUUGUGUCCCACAGUAUGCAGGUAUGUGUGUGAUUGGUGAUUGGUAAGGGUAAGUAGUCUGGAAUUAAAGGUUAAAACAGAGCGGUGAGAUUUUGUUUCUUUGUGUUAAUUAUAUUGAAUGCACAUAAAGUAAAAUACAUUUUGUUACUUUUUAUUACCUCAUUGAAACCAUGUCAUCAUUUAAUUUUGAUAUGUAAAACAUCCUUUGCAUUGUAUUGCUUUAUGUGAUGAGAUACCCAUGUACUAUUGAAACAUGACAUUUUCUGCUUUGUUUUAUUUCUGCACUACGUUCACAACUUACAAGGACAGCUUUGUCUCUCUCUCUCUCUCUCUCUCUCUCUCUCUCUCUCUCUCUCUCUCUCUCUCUCUCUCUCUCUCUCUCUCUCUCUCUCUCUCUCUCUCUCUCUCUCUCUCUCUCUCUCUCUCUCUCUCUCUCUCUCUCUCUCUCUCUCUCUCUCUCUCUCUCUCUCUCUCUCUCUCUCUCUCUCUUUGUGUACAGGUAUUCACACAUCGAUCUGUUUGUCUGUCUGUCUGUGUGUGUGCUGCAAUAGAAUGUUUGUGCAUUGAAGUAUGUUGUACAUAUGAUUGCAUUGAGAAUUCCAUAUGUAAAGAGGCAGAUAAGUGACCUUUGGUAUGGGUAGAGGUAUCACAAAUUUGUUUCUGUCAGAAUUAUUAAUCUUGAUGAUAUGUAUUACUUAACUCACCAUAGAAACUGAAGAGAUUUAUGGUGAGAGUAUUACAUGAUGCAUUGACAACUCUUAUGUGUCCAUGCUGGGUAAAAUGUUUCUCUUUUGUUAUGUGUUGAUGUCUUUUCUCGGCUGUCUUCUUUAAAGGGGAUCUCAGCCUAGUCUACUGAUAGAUAAAUAGGAAAAAUAGAUAUGAUUGUUUUAUUCUUGAACUCUACAGUUGUGUAGCUUAACAGUAAUAUCUGUAUCAUAUCUCUUGAAAACUGAAAGAGAAAGAUAUAGAGGAGCUAUCAUGAUGCUCUUAUGUAACUAGCAAGCUAAUGAAAGGAAGGACAGCCACUCCAUAUGGUGUGGAGAUGCCCCCACUUGAAGUGCAGGUGGGGAUCUCAACUUCAUGUCAGUACUGAAAAAAUACACUUAAAUAAAUGGAUAUGCAGUAUAA